AUGUUGCCAUGUGUCCGCUGGCUCCAGCCCCUUCUUGCCCUGCUGGCCUCUGCCUUCCUCGCUCUGGGGGAGAACUGCCCGACGAGCUGCCUGUGCCCGGACCCGCACACGGUGGACUGCAGCGGCCGAGGCCUGACCCGGCUGCCGGACUCCAUCCCCCUGGACGUGCGGCGCCUGCUGCUCUCCGACAACUGGAUCCCGCGCAUCCCCGCCGACUUCCUGGUGCUCUACAGCGACCUGGUCUACCUGGACCUCCGCAACAACUCGCUCUCGAACAUCGAGCCGGGGACGCUCAGCACGUCUUCGCGCCUCGUCUUCCUGGACCUGGGCAGCAACAACCUCACGGAGAUCCCUAAGGGCACGUUCGGCGAGUCGCGCAGCCUCAUCAAGCUUCGCCUGGGCAACAACCCGCACCUGAGCGCGGUCAACGAGGACGCCUUCCUUGGCCUCACCUCGUUGCGCGAGCUGGAGCUGGAGCGCAAUGCCCUCUCCGGCCUACAGGUGGGGGCACUGAGCCAGCUGCCCUCUUUGCGGGUGGUCAGGCUAGAGGGCAACCCGUGGGUCUGCAACUGCAACUUCGCUAACCUGUUUGCUUGGCUUAUGGAGAACCGGCACAAGCUCCCCAAUGGGGUAGACGGCUUGGACUGUUCGCUGCCCAUGGAUGGCCGGCGCGUGCCCCUGAACCAGCUCUCCCAGGACAGUUUCCGCGAGUGCCAGGUGACGCUCACCCUCACCGACCUCCUCAUCAUCAUCUUCUCGGGAAUCUCCGUGUCGGUGGUGGCCAUCAUGGCCAGCUUCUUCCUGGCCUCCACCGUCCACUGCUUCCAGCGCUGGAGCAAGGGCAAUAAGACCGAGGAAGAGGAGAGCGAAGAGUGA